UGUACCUAGUUAUAUUCCAUCAAACUAUCCCAUUAUCACAUAUGAGAUAGGAUAUCAUAUCUUACAGUCUGGUUGCUGUCCAAUGGUAGGUGAUGAUAAAAUUGAUGUUCAAAUGCUACGGUUCUUUAAUUCAACCAAUGGUGCUACAUUUACUACUAGAAUUACUGGUCUUGAUGCUAUGUCUUGUUAUAUUUUUGGUGUACGUGCAUACACAGACAGAGGACCUGGUGGAUGGGUCUUUAUUGCUAAUGAGACAUUGAUCAGUACUCAAUUCGUGACACUAACACUAGUAACUACUCAAGAAGUAGAAUCAACUAAUACAGUAUCAGGAGCUGUUGAUGGUGCUAGUAUUGGACUGGGUGCAGUGGUUGGAUUAUUAUUAAUAUCACUAGCUGUUAGUAUCAUUAUUAACAUCUACUGCUUUAUCAAGCAUAAAACCUAUGAUACAACCACUGCUAAGCAAACAAAGUUUGAUGAUGAUAUACCAAUGCAAACCUGUGAACCAUAUGGUAUUCACAAGACUAAAGAUGUUGCAAAAGAGGCAGUAUAUGAGUGUCCUGAUGUCAAUGUUAAUGACAUUGCCAUUUAUGAAACAUAACUUAUGAAACAGUAAAAACUAACAGUGCAAUUUAAUAUACAUAUACAUGUACACUCUGUGAUACAACAGUAUACAAUGCUCAUGUACUUGCUUGUUAUCCAUACAUACACUCCUAGAUAUACAUUUUAGUUCUGGAGUGUCACUACAUUCAUAAUAUCUUAAGGUGGGUUUUCAUUAUGAUG